UGUCUCUUCCUCCCGACCUCUCCUCUCCCCCGUCUCUCUUCCUCCCACCCACCCCCUUCUACCACAGUGUGGUAUGCUGUUGUCUGUACAGAGGAGCAAGAGCAGGCAAGCAAGAACAGCAGCAGCAGGCAGCCACGAAGGAGCUGCUUGCCAACCCCUACACAGCCUGGGCUCUGAUCAUUGAUUGAUACAAACCCAGCUAUUACCUUCCCUUUUUAUUUUUUAUGCACACUUACAUAUAUAAUCCCACCCAUCCCUAUACUUACUCCUUGGUUCUUGGCACCUUUCUGUCCUUUUAGAUUUCCUUGGAUUCCAUAUAGGCAGGCCUCCAACCCAUUCUUUUGCUCAGAUAGCUACAUAGCUAUUGCUCUUCCUGGUUUCUUGAUUUUUUUGGGGGGCUCUUGACUCCCUCUGCUGUAUCUUGCCCCUAGUUCUUUGCCUAAAGAUUCAAUCUUGUAGAGUUUUUUUUUUUUUGUAAUUCUUCUUGUUCUUGGUGUUGGCCUGUUGGGAACCAUGGAUGAGAGGAUCCCACCGCCCCCUUUCUUCCAGUACUCACCAUCCGGUGUCCAUUCUUCCCCUCAUCACCACAAUCCCAUGAGGUCUUCUGCCUCUGAGAGGGAGAGAUAUCUUGCUGAAUUACUUGCUGAGAGGCAGAAAUUAGCCCCGUUCAUGCAAGUUCUUCCUUUUUGUAACAGGCUCCUAAACAAAGAAAUUUUGCGGGCGUCAUCUUUGCCGCCUAAUCCAAAUUUUGUUGAACCUGAGAGAAUCGAUCAUGGUAGCCCAAGCCCAUUAAGAUUAGCUGGCCACCCAAUGAUUGGUCAACCAAUGGAUCUAGAGGGAUGGUCGGGAAUGCAAACCGAGCAUUUGGGAGUACUCCAAUCGUCAUCAACAGGCUGGAAUGGUGCUCCUGGAGUUGUUGGCAGCCCUGUUGUGAAAAAAGUUGUUAGGAUGGAUGUUCCUGCUGACAAGUACCCCAAUUACAACUUUGUUGGUCGUUUGUUGGGGCCACGAGGGAACUCCCUGAAAAGAGUUGAAGCUACAACCCAAUGUAGAGUCUAUAUUCGUGGACGGGGUUCAGUGAAAGAUUCUGUUAAGGAAGACAAGCUCAGAGACAAGCCUGGCUAUGAACACUUAAAUGAUCCAUUGCAUGUUCUUGUGGAAGCUGAGUUCCCGGCAGAUAUCGUAGAUACCCGACUAAACCAAGCUGUGGCCAUAUUGGAGGAUCUUCUCAAACCAGUCGAUGAGUCCAUGGACUACUACAAGAAGCAACAGCUGAGAGAAUUGGCUAUACUGAACGGCACUCUAAGGGAGGAAAGUCCAAGCCCCCACCCUAGUCCCAGUGUAUCCCCUUUCAACUCCACCGGGAUGAAGCGUGCAAAAACAGGGUGGUGAUCUUAUUUCUGAAAAUGCAUUGUCUGAGGUGAUCAUGAUUCAAAUAUCAGCUUACAAACCCUGCUCCACUGCUGGAGAUGAUUGCUAGUGCAUAUGAAGAAUGAGCACAGCUAACUUCAGGCCUAGCAUGAUAUGCGCUUUACCGUGGAUGCCCUUGGAAUGAACAAUUCUAUGUCAAAGAUAUUUGUCUGCUCGUGGGCUUGCUGUUUGGUCUUACUAUUCUUUGUGUAUCUGACUUCUGAAUAUUAACAUUAUUGGUUGGGUGGUUCUAGAUUUUGGGAUUAAAGAGUUGGGCAAUAAUCAGGUUUUGUCUGUACAAGAAAUAGUUCCAAAUUCCAAUAUGUUAAAAGGGUUGAUGUUCUUGUGGGCAACUGUGAUUGAUACAACUCUUAAUAAGAUUGCUACGCUGGUGUAUUCUUUCA